GCGGCGGCGGCGGCGCGCGGCGGAGGCCUCGUGCGCGCGCGUUUGUGGGUCGGGGGCGCGCACACCCGGCUCCUCAGCCCUGGGGGAUGCCCGCGGCCAGGGGGUGAGGCUGUGAGGAGGAGGAGGAGGAAGGCGGCCGAGGAUGGCGCCGGUGAGCGAGCAGCCGGCGCCGCAGGGCGAGGGGGGUCCCGCGGGCGCCCCCCCGGCGGGGCUGCGGCAGGAGAACGGCGGCGGCGAGCGGGGCCCGGCGGGCGGCGAUGGUGGAGCCGUGGCCGUGCCCCGGCCGGAGGUGCCGGGACCUGGGGAGGGUCCCGGCGAGCCCCCCGAGGGCGGCUGGGGCUGGGUGGUGAUGCUGGCUGCCAUGUGGUGCAACGGCGCCGUGUUCGGCAUCCAGAAUUCCUGCGGCGUCCUCUUCGUCUCCAUGCUCCAGCUCUUCGGCGGCAGCGAGGACCGGCAGAUGGCCUUCAAGACAGCAUGGGUGAGCUCUCUUUCUAUGGGAAUGGUCUUCUUCUGUUCUCCAAUAGUCAGCAUAUUCACAGACCUGUUUGGUUGUCGAAAAGUUGCUGUUAUUGGAGCUGCAGUAGGGUUUGUUGGACUCCUUUCAAGUUCUUUUGUAAGCACCAUUGAACCUCUGUAUUUCACCUAUGGAGUCUUAUUUGCCUGUGGUUGCUCAUUUGCGUACCAGCCAUCUUUGGUCAUUCUUGGGCACUAUUUCAAGAAACGCCUUGGACUAGUGAAUGGCAUCGUCACUGCUGGCAGCAGCUUGUUCACUGUGUCACUGCCCUUCCUCUUGAGAGUUUUGAUUGAUUCUGUUGGCCUGUUCAACACCUUACGGGUCCUGUGCAUUCUUAUGUUUAUUCUGUUUCUGGCUGGCUUUACGUACAAACCCCUCAUUUCCAAUGCCAAAGACAAGGAGGGAGCAAAGAAGGGCAAGUUCAGAUUUCCUCCUGAGAAAAAGAUUUUCAAUUUCUCCGUUUUCAAAGUUAUGAGUUACCGAAUCUGGGCUUUUGGGAUUCCAGCUGCACUUUUUGGAUACUUUGUGCCUUAUGUCCACUUGAUGAAGCAUGUAGAAGACAGAUUUGGUGACAGUGUGCGAGAAGAAGUGCUUCUGCUGUGUCUGGGCGUUACUUCAGGAAUUGGUCGAUUGAUUUUUGGCAGAGUUGCCGAUUAUAUUCCCGGUGCAAAAAAAGUUUAUUUACAGGUGGCCUCAUUCUUCUUUAUUGGCUUGAUGUCUAUGAUGAUUCCACUGUGCCAUGUCUUUGGAGGUCUUAUUGCUGUCUGUCUCUUCAUGGGCCUGUUUGAUGGGUGCUUCAUUUGCAUUAUGGCUCCUAUCGCCUUCGAGCUUGUUGGGGCUCAGGAUGUCUCCCAGGCCAUAGGAUUUCUCCUUGGACUCAUGUCAAUACCUAUGACAGUUGGUCCACCCAUUGCAGGUCUGCUUCGUGAUCGCCUAGGUACCUAUGAUGUAGCAUUUUACCUGGCCGGAGUCCCCCCCCUUAUCGGUGGAGCUAUUUUAUGUAUCAUCCCCUGGGUCCACGAACGGCAGAAGUUAAAAGAAAGAGCAAAAACUGUUGAUGCAGAAACUACUGAGAAAAUGCUGGAAAAUGAAAGCACUUUGGUGUCAGAUGCUGCAGAAAAACCAGUCAAAGAAAUGGAAUCAGGUUUUUGAUGCUUUCUUUUCCUGUACCAGCAUAACUUUAUUCUACCAAAGCUAUGUUUCUACUUUUUGGCUGAAGUUACUAUAUGAUACUAAAGAACUUCUGAACUAUUGCUCAAAUUGCAAAACUGCUCUAAGAAUCUUUUAUACCAUUGAACUUCUUUUGAUGAGUUGUUGAGUUUGAUUUCAAGCCACGUCUUCAAGGUAUUUGAAGUUUUGUAGCAUUAGCGUGUACAUGCGUAGUGAUUCUGUGUGUGAAGAGAAUAUUUUUCUAAUUCAUCAGAAUGUAUUUCUGGAAGUGUGGAAGCUGUUUUUGGUUCACUGACCCAGGAUUCUUCAGUAACUUUUAUGGUCCAUUCAAUGCAGGCACACCCAUGGGUGUUUUAUACUGGAAUAUGUAGUAGCUCUUAAAACUGACUUAAUUUGUGAAGUUUCUCAGGCUGUUUUACAGUCUUUCAUAAUUCUGUAUCAUGAACAUGAGUAUGCAUAUUUUAGAUUCCCUUAGCUCUUUCUGAAAUCAUUUUGCAUUACAAAGCUAAAUUAUUAAACGUCUGUUCUAUUUUCUCUAAAAACCUCAGCUGGCUCAGUUUAAUCAUUCACCUGUUCUUGCAUUGAUUUGUAUUUUCACAGUAGCCUCAACAAAGAACAUCAAGGAUGAAAUUUCUUAUGGGAAUAGGUUUUUAAUAUGCACGAACUGAGCUCAGAAUGCAAAUACAUUUAGAAGUAAAGCUGCUGAAUGAUAGAUUCUUGAAACUUUUUUUUGUUUUGAUAAUGCAAUACUAUUGUGUGUGUACAUAUAUCUAUUUUCCGCUAAACCUCAGAAUACCUGAUAGUUCUGAAAUUGUACUGACAGCAGUACUUUGGAGCAGUAUUGUGAAUUAGUCUAAAUUUCAAACUAUUCUAUUGUACCUUUUAGGUUUUUAUUUCUUUAUUCUUAAAAACAAGACAGCUUUAAAGAAUACAUCUUAAGUGCAAUAAUAUGAAGUUGUUUUUAACAUGUGGAAAUAUACGUGAGCUAUUAAAACAACAUUCAACAAUUAAAGAUUUUUGCACUAAGUGAACAUGCAGCUUUAUUAUGGGUCUUUACAGCUGUGUUCAGUUGUGUGUAGGAUACAGCUCCGUAUUUUAUUCAAAUGUAAAGAAAUGUCUUUGCGUGUCCUAUCUGUUGCUUACCAUCCUAAAUAUGUCCCUAUUACUUAUGUAUUCUUAGGUAUUAUGUAUUAUUUGUCAAGUGUGUAUUUCUGAACACCUCUUUCUCUGAAAAAAUAUUUGAAAACAUGAUACUUUGAGAUGAAAACAUCACUGCUUUUCAGUUUAUGAUAAAACACUUCCAAGUACAUUGUUUAUUCUUGGAUAUGGAUCAGCAAUGCAGUGGGAAUACUUAAAUAUUCUUUGUUUCAAGUCCGUUUAACACCGACCAUUUUUGUCGUCUUCAGAAGUGUCAUAGCAAAGAGUAAACUAAAUGUGAUCUUGAAGACUAAAUGCACAUUUAAAUGCAUUUUCUUAAUCAGUGACAAUGCCUGUCCUUUACUUAAACCACAGGGGGAUACUGUUUUAAAAUUAUAACAUUUAAUAUCCCUUCUGUUUCUGUUGUUUUUCCCCUUUUCCAGCAUUGUAGGAAACUGCUCAGAAAGCCCGUGUACAUUUGUGGGAUAUGAAACAUUCUGUUAGCAGUACCAUUACUUAGAGUGUUUACAUCUAUCAAAAUGCAAAGUCCUUUAAACGUAAUCAUGCAGAGCAUCCUAAUUAUUGCAGACCAGAGCUGUUACCUUGCUUUUAUUGUAGAAUUUCAAUCCCUGACUCACGUGAGUAAGGCUGAAAGGAACUGGAUUUUAAAAUGUUAAUGAGGUAUGUGGAGGUAGAAAAAAAAACAGUCCUUAAACAGAGGUCCCUUCAGGUUCGCUGGGACUUUUGCUGCUUCUGCAUGUCCUACGUACUUCUAAGAAUGUCACUAAACGUUAAUAGUAUUGUUAAUUAAAAACAACUACAAAGUGCUGCCUUCAUUACAGAAACGAUAACAGCCUAUGAUGUUCUUGUCUGGAGUAUUUCUGCAGAACAUUUUAUUCAGUAUUAUCUUCUGUGUGGGCAAUGCAAAAAAUGGUGAUUAAGAUGUUGAUAAAAGUCUCUUGUUUCCUAUUGCUUUAUGAAAAAUUAUUCAUCACAGGUCUUAAAUUUCACAUGUUUAGCUUUGUGAGUUUUAAACCAAAACUAAGGUUGCUUUUUAGCACUAAUGCAAUUUUAAAUUAUUUUGACAAGACAUCUUGACAUAAUUAUGGCAUCUUACUGACUUGGUGCUCUGUAGUAUCUGUAUAAAAUAUCUGGGAGAGAACAUAAAGUAAUUGCUGUUAAGUUUUAUAAAUAAUAUAGAAACAGCGUAACAUUAAUAUGGAUUAAUUAUUGCCAGACCCUUUAAGGACAUACCUGUAAAUAAAAAUCCAAAUGCUCAUAUUUGAGUAAUUGAAAAUGUAAGUUAUCUUCAUAAAUAUGAACAACA